AGAUUCUAAACGGUUGUCCAACGGCUCUACAACGGUUCCCCAACGGCGCAAACAGCGCCUCCGCCCGUUGGAAAAGAGGAAAGUUACUGCCAAGAGCCUUCCCUGCCAAACCACUCCCCGCGCCCCCCCGAACCCCGCAAAUGCCGAAGAGAAGCCGGGCAGAGAAAACAGGGCGCAGCUACCUCCGCCUCAGUCGCAAAUAGAACCGCAGCCCAGGCUGCCGCCUCAACCGCGCCAGGCUUUUGAACGGACCGGAAGUGGGAGUCUGACGACUUCCGGCAGUUGGGCUGGGAGGAGAAAGGAGCGCGGAGAAUGGCUACCAAGAGGUUGGCGCGGCAGCUUGGAUUAAUUAGAAGAAAGUCAGUUGCACCAACAAAUGGAAAUGUAGGAAGAAGCAAAUCCAAGCAGUUGUUUGACUAUUUAAUUGUCAUUGAUUUUGAAUCAACAUGUUGGAAUGAUGGGAAACGCCACCAGAGCCAAGAAAUAAUUGAAUUUCCAGCAGUAUUGCUGAGCACAUCAACUGGAGAGAUUGAAUCUGAGUUCCAUACUUACGUUCAGCCUCAGGAACAUCCGAUUCUUUCUGAGUUUUGCAUGGAACUGACAGGCAUAAAACAGGCUCAAGUUGAUGAAGGAGUCCCUCUGAGGAUAUGCUUAUCUCAGUUCUGUAAAUGGAUUCAGAAGAUUCAGCAACAGAAGAAAAUUAUUUUUGCUACUGGGAUUUCAGAUCUGUCUAAUUCCGAAGUAAAAUUAUGUGCAUUUGUUACUUGGUCAGACUGGGACUUGGGGGUUUGCCUGGAGUAUGAGUGUAAAAGAAAACAGCUGUUAAAACCUGUGUUCUUAAAUUCUUGGAUUGAUCUCAGAGUAACUUAUAAGAUUUUCUAUAGAAGAAAACCAAAAGGACUAAGUGGUGCCCUGCAGGAAGUGGGAAUAGAAUUCUUGGGAAGAGAACAUUCUGGGUUGGAUGAUUCUCGGAAUACUGCCCUUCUUGCUUGGAAAAUGAUCAGGGAUGGUUGCUUAAUGAAAAUUACAAGGUCCUUGAACAAGGUGUGGUUGUCACUGGCCUGUCUACAAAGAAAGAACUACAAUGAUUCUGCACAUGAUACACAGCACCAUGAACUGUUAACCACAGCCAAGUACUCGAAAAACCAUCUACUCGGACCUCUUCACCUUAUGAGUCAGGCCUCAGUGACUUGGGUUGAAUUCCAAGAUCUACAUUAAAGGACAAAAUUUUUACAGAAGUUUGUUUGGUGGACAAAAGAAGUAACUCCCACCAUUCAGUUUGCAACAGGAUUUGAAAGCCUAGUCCAUCUACCCAUCCCUCUAGGUGGUAGGUAAUGCUUAUUUUCAGAAUUGUUAGUAUAUUAGAUUUACCAUUUAUUGCCUCCCUUUCAUCCUCCCUUCUAAGAGACUCUGCCUUACUUUCUGUAACCUCAGUAACCAUGUUUGUACCAGAUGAACUUGCCUCUGACCACAUCUGACUGGCCUAACCCAAGCCAUGCCAAUCAGAUUCUGCCUCAAAUAUUUGAUUUAAGAGACUGAGAACAUACAGAGUUAGGACUUAAGGCAUCUGUGUGGCAAACCAAAGCCACAUGUCAGCCAAAAUGAAGGCAGCAAAGAAAUCAUGUGUUAGCAGAUGUCAAAAGAACAGAUGCUUGAGAGAGGCAGAGACAAGAGGCCCUAUGGCUUUAAAGCAAAAGAAAUAGAGAAAGAAGCUGCCCGCCUCCCUUGCAGAGGCCAGUUGCUCUUUCUGCACUUUUUUUUCUGUGAGAUUCUUCAGUAGACAUCCAAUAAUUAUCCUUCCUUAAUUGAACUAAUAUGAAUGGAUUUCUGGUCUUGGAAAUCCAACAUUCCCCUUACUAAGACAAUGAGUAUAGCAGCAUUCAUGAAAGCUAUCAUUUUGUUAAAAAAGAAAAACUGUAAAAGUGGGUUCUGCUACUCCAGUGUAUAAUUUAUAUGUAUAUAUGAUAUGGAAUGUAUAACUCUCCUCAAUUGCAAGUAAUUAUUAUGAUAAAUUAAGAAUGCUUACUUAAUAUAAUGAUUUAUUAUAACGGUAGGGAUAUGAAUUAAUUCAACCAAUAUUUUACUGAGCAUUUACUAUAUGUCAACAAUUGGAGGUACAGACAUGACUAUCUCAUAGUCAUUGCCUUUUAGGAACAUACAUAGUCCUAUGGGAAUGACAAAUUUAUGAACAAAUGAUAUACCCAGACAACAUAGUACAGGUUAAAAUAAAAAUGCAUACAUGUUUUUUAGGGGAGCUCAAAAAAGAAAGCACCUAAUUGGGACAUCAGGGUGGGGUUGCCUGAGAAGUGACAUUAGAAUUAAGACCUGAAAAUCCAAUAGUUGUCCAGGAGGUUAGGUGUGAGGAAAAGGCUUUCCACACAUAGGAAACAAUGUGCACAAAAGCCUGGAAAUGGGAAGGAUCAUGAACCUUAUAGGAAACCACUUGCUACUCCUGGAGCACAGAGUAUGAAAACAAUGAAGGGAAGAUAGUUCAAACCUUCCAUGGCAAACUAAAGAAGUUCAGAUGUUACCAGGUAGGCAAUGGAGAGUUAUUAAAUCAUGUCAAGCAGCAUAAUGACAGGAUAGAAUGUGCAUUUUAGAAAGAACAGUAGCUAUGGAGAAUGAACUGCGUAGGAGUAAAGUGGGCACACACAAGACCAGAAUUAGGAAGACUUUUGGGCAAGUCCAUUCAGGAGAUGGUAAACAUGUGAAGUAAGGCAAUGGCGAUGGAAUUGGAGAAGAAGAGGGACUCAAGGGGCACGUAGAAAGUCAAAUUUACAAGAUGCAGGAACUGAUUUGGAAGGAGGAGUAGCAGCUGCUUGGCUUAGGGUACCAGAUGAAUGGUAAUUAACCAUGAGAGAAAUAAAGGCAUGAAAGAAGAAGGUUCUUUGAGUUUGUGGCUGCAUUGAGAUUCAGAUGGCCAUGAGUCUAUAGGAGGAGAAGAGUGGUAGGUAUGAGGGUAUUCAAUUGUUGAUUGGCAUUUGGUUAAUAAACUUAUUUCAUGGGGCACCUGGGUGGCUCAGUAGGUUAAGAGUCUUGACUCUUGGUUUUGGCUCAGGUCAUGAUCUCAGGGUUUGUGAGUACAAGCAGCACAUCGGGCUCUGUGAUAACAGCACAGAGAAUCUCUCUCUCCCUCUUUCUCUGCCCCUUCUCUACUCUCUGUCUCUCUCAAAAAUAAAUAAACUUAAUUAAAAAAAUAAACUUAAUUUCAUUAUGAAAAACCCAACUCAUAGUUUAAGUCAAAAGAUAGGAAAUGUUUCCAACACAUUUCUAAGGUUUCUGAGAAUACUACUAUAUUGUGUAUAGUUCCUCAAAUAAUUUACCCAAAUGAAUGUCUCAUGAUUACUUAGAUGUUUUGGAAACUCUCCCAUCUAGCCUAUUUUAAAUAUAAUCAGAUUGCAAGCACUACUAACCUGUUCGCAGACAGGCUACAUUUGCAAGCCACCAUUCUGGGAUCCUGGGCAGAAUCACCAUUACUCGAUCUCCUCUUUUCAGGGCACAGGCUUCUGUAAGUAUAUUGGCAAAUUUUCUAGACAAAGAUCCCAGCUCUUCAAAACUCCAUCUCACUUCUUCUCCUUUUCCAUUUAUCCACCAGAAGGCUGGAUUGGAAGGUCUCUUUCCAGCCUGAGGAAAGACAAACCAGUCAUGGAUUUAAAGGUCAUUAUGCAGCUAAAUUCUAUUUUAACUGACUUCAUGGAAUAUUUUUUCCAGAAUAAAAUUCACAGGUCAUUAGUUAAGACACACAUGGAAUAUUGGGAAAUAACUCUAGAGUCUUUAUUUCUAGCUGUUGGGAGCCAUGUUAUUUCUUCCAGCAUAUGUCAUUUCUCAUUUAGCCUGAUUGCUUUUCUUUCCAAGAAGUUAGAAUUCUUGCAUCCCUUUAUAUUCUCUCAGUGACAUGUCUAUGUCUUGUUUCCUACCAUUUCUGACUCUUGGAAUCAUUUUCAUUUGAGUCCUUUCUGGAUUUUUAAGAAGUUAACCUAUAAUCAUGCAUUUUUAUAACCAUCACCUUUCUCAACCAUGGAACUAUUAACAUGUUGAGCCAGAUAAUUCUUUGCCAUGGGGAACUGUCUUAUGUAUUAGAGGAUGUGUGGCAGCAUCCCUGGCCUCUAACCAUUGGCACACACCUUCUCACAAGUCAUGGCAACAAAAUUGUUUCCAGACAUGGCCAAAUAUCCCCUGGGGGCAAAAUCACUUCUAUCUGAGAAACUGUAGUUGGACUGGCCCUUGCUUCAUACCUUUUCCAUAUUGGUCCAUUGGUCCAGGAUAUCUUUAGCAAAGUUGAAAUACUCUGGAGUCUCCAGUUUGAAUUCCUGUUUCAUGGAUUCAUAGUUGGAAAAAUUCUGAGGAGGCACUAUUCUAUAAUCUUUAUGCAGUUCUCUCACAGAACCAGGGAUUGCUAGGCGCCAAAAACACUUGGCACGAAGUAAUGUCUUCAUAGUGACAAGAGGUAGCAUCAGUCUUGCUGGAUGUAUUAGCACUCAGGGUUUCCGCAGAAACUAAUCCAUCUAAAAGACAAGUAAAAGGAUAUGUAUUUGUCUCUCUCCUAAAGGUAGCUAUACCCCAAAAUAGCUAAGUUUUAUUAUUGUUACUAACAAUCAUCCUAAAAAUGCCAUUCUCUGAGCACUCAAUAUGUUUUAAACACUGUACUUUGUUUCACUUACAUACAAAUUAUCACUAAAUCGUCAGAGUAACUCUGUGACAUGGAUACUAUUAUCAUUUCUGUUUAAAGAAAGAAAAAAUGACGAAGCAAGGCUGUCUUAGUCAACUCUGGCCACCAUAACAAAAUACCAUAGACAGGAUGGCUCAAAAAAUAGACACUUAUUUCUCACAGUUCUGGAGGCUGGGAAAUCUAAGACCAAGUGCUGGCCAGUUCACUUUCCCAGUAUGGGCUCUGUUCCUGGCUUGUGGAUGACCACCUUCUCUUUGUUUCCUCACAUGGUAGAGAGAGCAAGAGCUCUGGUUUCUCUUCUCCUUUUAUAAAAAUAUUAAACCCAUUAUUGGGGCCUCACCCUGUGACCUCAUCUAAACCUAAUUCCCUCCUAAAGACCCCACCUCCAAAUACCAUCACAUUUCGGGGGUCAGGGCUUCAACAUAAGAAUUUGGAAGGGUCACAUUCAGUCCACAACAGAGGCAUUAGUUGGAUCUGAACCUAGAACUGUCUGGUCCCAGCCCAUUCUCCUGACUAUGUACUACAUACUAUUGCCUCCCAUAUGCAUUUCUAAAGAAGUGAAGAUCUGGGUCACUCAGUUACUCUCAGUGAAAGCAAAGGGCCAAGCCUGCUUAUCUAAUUUAAUCUUUCACCGUCAUUUCAAGAGUUGUACAGACAUGUUCAGGAGAAAUUUCCACAGUGGGUCAUCCAUAAGUGAGAAAACUGAGAGUAUCCCAGUACCAAUUAGGCAUGAAAGAACUGUCAAAAGUCCUUUGGUUUAUAGGCCAUAGUUCCCAUGCUCCCAGUAGGAGCCCACACAACCUUCCAGUCCAGGCUUGGAGCUGCAUUUACGGGAGAUGUAAUAAUAGGGCUUUAACCUUUAGGACUUUUGUGGGGGAGGACCCUUCAGGCCACUGAGCCCCCUGCUUCUGUGGGAAAUCAUUUGAUCAUGAUGUCAUUUACUUGGCUGAGGUCUCAUAAACAAAGUUAUUAAAAACAUGGCUCUAGGGAUUGUAGGAUUCUCUGCUUCAUACAUUCUGUAAUCUUCCAAAUUUCCUACAAUGAAAUACUACUCUCAUAAUCAUUAAAUCAUUUUUAACUGCAAUUCUAGCUAUGUGGUGUGUAAGGCAGCAUGGCCAUGUGGGAGAGUUUCUAUACUGAUAUGUUGCCAAACAAUAAUUAAUAAUGUCAGCCAUCAAUUUUAUCCUAAAUAGGUCUGGUGUUUGGGCACCAUGUUGCUGCACCCAAUGCAUUAUAAGAUCUGGGUUCUUCUUCUGACCCUCCCACCUGUUUAUGUGAAGACCAGACAAGUCACUGAACUUGAACCCUCUGAGAUCGUCUGGUUUGAGCUCCCCAUUUUUCACCUGCAGAGAAAACAGAGCCCCGGAGAAGGGAAGCAACUUGCUUCAAUAUGUCAUAUCAGAGUUAGAACUAGAACUCACGUCUUUGGAUUCUCAUUUGAAUGUUCUCUUUACUGUGUUCAAUAGGAUUUCAGUAGAGCAGUGAUUCUCAACCCUGGCUGUAUAUUUGAAUCACCAGCAAAGCUCUUUUAAAAACACCGAUGCCUGGGUAUUAGACCAAUUAAAUCAGAAUCUCUGGAAGAUGGGGCCUGGGCAGCAUAUUCUUAAAAUUUCCUCAGAGGAUGUUAACGUGCAAUCAAGGUGGAGAAUCACUGAUUCAGAGGUUGUGAUCUGUGAACCAGCAGCAUCAGCAUAACCUGGAAGCUAGUUAGAAAUGCACAUUUUCAGAACCCGGUUUUCUGUUUUGCCAAUGUAGAGACUAAUAGAACCCCUGUCAGAGAGAAUCGUCCCAAAGAUUAAAUGAGAUAAUACAUACAAAGUGCUUAUCAUGGUGUCUAGCAUAUUACUACUCUCUAGAGCAGGGGUUGGCAAACCUUUUCUGUAAAGGGCCAGAUAAUAAUUUAGGCUUUCUGGGCCAUAUGUAUGAUCUCUGUGGCAACUGCUUACUUCAACUCUGGUUGAGAUAGAAGCCAUUGACAAUAACAUGACUAAAUAGACAUAGCUAUGUUCCCAAAAAGACCUAUUUAUGGAUACUGAAACUUGAAUUUCACAUAUUUUUCAUGUGUCAUGAAUUAUUAUUCCUCUUUUGACUUUUUCAAAAAUGAAAAAAAAACAUUUAUAAUAUAAUAUAAAUUAUAAAUAUUAUAUAAAGAUAAAUCCCAUACAUUUGGCAGCUGUCUCCCUUAUUACAGAAUUAGCAUCAGGUUUCAUUCAGCUGAAAGGAGUUGUUAAGUAGUAGUUAAAAACACUAGGUUUUCAGUGUUGUAACUUUUCUCUUUAUUUGUAAUUUUUUAGAUCAUGUCUUCAAAUGUUUCAAAAAACAAAAAUGUUUAUAUUUUUACAUUAUAAUAUUUAUAGAAAAUUAAAAUGUAAAAACCAUUCUUGGUUUGCAGCCUGUAUAAAAACAGGUAGAGGGUGGGAUUUAACUCAUGGCUCUAGUUUGCUGAUCUUUGGUGCUAGAAUGUAAGUUCUAUGAGGGUAGGCAUUUAGUCUGUUAUGUUCAUGGGACUAUCCCUGGGAAAUACCAUCGUGUUCGGCCCAUAGUAUUUGCUUAUUUGUUGAAUGAAGAAAUGACUCAGAAGGGAGAACUUUUAUAUACAGUUUAUUUCAAUAGCUCAGGAUAACAGUAGACCUGAGCAGUGCCUUUAUUGCUUAAUCAGAUUUAUAUAACUACCUGGACUGUUCACAUGUGGCUAUUUAAAUUUAAAUUAAUUUAAAUACUAUUUAAAAAUAAGUUCUUAGAGUAACUGAAUUUUAAGCACUUAAAUAGCCACUUGUGGCUCUUGGCUACUGCAUAUAGAUAACCGCAGACACAAAACAUUUCUAUCACUGCAGAACACCUCUUGUGGACAGUGCUGAUCUAUAUUGAUAAUAGCUCAGAAGUGGGUGAUAUAAGGGGCACCUGGGCGGCUCAGUUGGUUAAGCUUCCAAUUUUGGCUCAGGCCAUGAUCUCAUGGUUGGUGAGUUAGAGCCCCACAUUAAGUAGUAGUUAAAAACACUAAGCUUUUAGUAUAACUUUUCUGUUUAUUUGUAAUUUUUUAGAUCAUGUCUUCAAAUGAUGCAAAAAGCAUAAAAAUUACACAGUGAAAAAAUCUUCCCCCUGCACCCCCAACUCACAGCUGCUCAGUCUCAUCCCCCCCACUCCCUUAAGGAACUACAAUUACUUCUAUGUAUCUUUUCAGUAUUUCUUUAUGUGUAUUUAAGCAAAAGAUUCUUCUUUCUCCACCACUUUGACACAACAGGUAACCUAGAGUACACACUAUUCUUCCCAUUAAAAAACAUUUUUAUGACAAAUUCUUGAAGGUCUUUCCAUGUCAGUACAUAAGUAUCUUUCUCAUUUUGGGUUUUUUUUAAAAAUGUUUUUGUUUUGUUUAAAGAGUGCAUGACAUUCCAGUGAACAGCUGCACCAUAAUUUCUUAAGCCAGUCCUCUAUUGAUGUCAUAGGAAUUGUUUCCAUUAUUAUGAAUUUAAGAUGAAAUUUUGAAGCUAUUUCCUUCACCACAUUUAGAAUCCUUCAAACAUAUAAUGAAAAGAAAAUUGACCAGUCAUUUGGAGCUUAAAAUGAGCCUAACCAUUCUGCUCUACCAAAAAGAACUUAUCAGCAUCCUCCUCAUCAAAGUGGUGAAGGAGCUGAGCUAGGAGUACAGAUGUUUAUACUGAGCUACAGAAAACUCCUCUAAGAGAGAAAGUACCAUUCCUGGUCAGCUGGGCUUUCAAAGUAUUUAAGGUCUCAUCUAAAAUGCAAGCUCUACAUCUAUAUAAACAGCAAUGCAGAAGAGGUUUUAGCCGCCCUACAUCUCUGAUUUUUGGAGCUGCCCUUGAUCACUUACUGGAGAAAAGUGGCUUCCCUGGAUUAUUUCCUUGGAUUUUCAUUUAUACAUUCCCUGAAGUUUCCCUAGAGGUAGUAUGCAUACUUUCUGGAUGAUGUAGAAGAUGGAUUCCUAUCUGCCACUGAGCAGGGUGGAGAGUCCCUCACAGAUGCAUCCAAUUGAUGAAGCUGAGGUGAUGUGCUCACAUUACAGAGUGGGAAAAAGGGAUACCUGACAUGUCAAGCUUCCAUGAUGCAAGGUGUCACAAGAAUGUGAAUCUGAGAGAUGAAGACUUUACAACAAAUAAGAAGUUCUUUAUUCCUGACUUUCUAUAACAAUCUACAUUUCUGGGCCACUGGAUUCGCUAAUUCUUCCUAGGACAACAAAGGACAAACCUUCUUUUGGCUCUUCAUGAUUUUGUUCAGAAGUGAGGAUGUGAUUUCCUGUCCAGACCAACUACAGUCGGAACAAUAAUUCACCAAAAUGUUACUAUCACUUGUUAUGACAUCAGCGUCAAACAAAAGUUGUGUGAAGAAAUUGAUAUGGACAAUAUCUUGGGUAUGAAUAUGAAUCUUGGGUAUGAAUAGUGACAAUUAAAUGUUAAGAAGUUUG